CUUUCUUCCUCCUCCAAAAACUAGGGCUUUUUUCUUUCAAGCCUCUGAGCCUCGGAUCCUCGCAGCCUCCUCUCUCUACCUACUAAUUUCAGGGGAGGAGGACGAGGUCUGGGAUCAGGGCUAAUUAUCAUGUGAGCGACCUUCGUCAUUAGUUUUGGUUUUUAAUAAAUGGAGGAUGGGAGAACGGAAGUAAAGAAACUUGUGGGCUGUUAAGUAUUUUUUUGGUUCUAGCUUCCAUGGCUUUUAAGCAAAGGAAGCCAGUGAGGAACCCAAGAAACAAAUAUUUGAGGCCUGGUGCCCUUGCUCAGAUUCGUGACAAUAGAACCACAUCCAGAGUUGGCAUUAGCCUAGGCAAGAAAAAAGCUGUGCUGGAUUUGGUCAAAGAAAACAUAUCACAUCAAACUGAAGUUGCCUCUCACAGCAGUACACCUACUGUGUCACCGAAUGUGCCUGUUGAGCCCAGCUUAGAUUUUGUUCAUGAGAUCAAUAAGGAAAAGGUACCGCACACACCGAAAACACCACAAGGUGAAAAAGAAUCAAGGCUGGAAUGUCUUCCUAUGGACUUAAUGGUUAAAAUUCUAUGUCAUAUGCAUCAUGACCAACUAAGACCUGUUUUUCAUGUAUCUCAGAGGAUCCGUAAGGCUGUUGUUAUAGCCAGGCAAUGGCAUUUCAAUUUCACAACCCCUGAUCGAUCUCGACAGGAGAUGCUCAGAACCAUGACACCACUCCCAACUGAGCACUGGCCUUUUGUCAGCAAGGGAGAUGGCAAUAUUGUCCUGGCUCCAAGCCCACAUACUCCAAAGGCACCAAAACACGCACCUCGCUCUUCUCGUCUUAAUCAUAUUGACAUGAAGCAGGUUGCUGCUGUUCUUUUCCCAGAGUCUGCGUUUCCUUCGAGAUGCAUGGUGUCGCUCCGUAUACAAAGGCCUGCUUUCAAGUCCAUGGCUUCUAAUAGGCUCCUUUUCAAUGAGGAAGAGUUGUGCCAAGCAAUUUUCCAGAACAAGCUAUGCUGAAACUUUUGGAGAACUUCCUUUAUGUGUAAAUGCUUGUAGUUUUUUAAUCUAGUUUUUAAAGCGCUUUCAAGAAGCGUUUAGUGUUUAGAGAUGAGUCACAGACUUUGGUAAGGUCAGAUUAGGACAAGUUUGUACUAAGAUGAGUCACAGACUUUUUUGUACUAAAAUGCUUGAAUUCUGGUUUCUUGUACAGUUUUGUAUUGAGUUGAAAUUAGGAUACAGCCAAUUACUCUUAAUUAAGUACUAAACAUUUUCUGCUCUA